AUUUUACACGGCUGGUCUCCAUACAACCGGGGCAUUCAUGACAGGUGUUAUCUGAACUGUGGCAAGGGGCUACUGAGAGACAGUUUACCUGCGUCUGUGUUCAAGCCAACAAUCAUGAAGUUCCUAGUGACAGCUGUGACGUCGUUCGUCCUUCUUGGUUUGGUGUCCUGCAACUCUGAGCCGCAGAAGGAGGCGAUCUUGUUCGACGCCGUCGACAAGGACAAGGACGGCAAACUUACCCCCGCUGAAUUGGAAACCAUCUUCCUCUUCUUUGACGCCAACAAUGACACGGAGAUCACAAAGUUGGAAUUCGAGGAUGAUUGGGUUACCAAGUAUAAGCUGGGAGCAACGGCAGAGGCGAUCGCCCUCUUCGAUGCAGCUGAUGCAAAUGACGAUGGCAAAAUUACCAAGGCUGAUUUACCUUUCAUCUUCCAGUAUUUCGACAUGGACAGUGACGGCUCCGUUGACAUGAAUGAGUUCCUGACACAGUGGGGAGACCUCUCUCUGGUCCCAGUCCAAAUAGGAAAGUAGGAGUUAUGUCCCCUGAUAACACACACCAUUUGAAUUGUACAUUUAAUAAACGUCUUUUGUCUCUAAA